AUGGCGGCGGCGGAGACGAAGAUCAUCUACCACCUGGACGACCAGGAGACGCCGUACCUGGUGAAGCUGCCCGUGCCGGCCGAGCGGGUCACGCUGGGCGACUUCAAGGCCCUCCUCAACCGGCCCAACUACAAGUUCUACUUCAAGUCGAUGGACGACGAUUUCGGGGUUGUGAAAGAAGAAAUCUCAGAUGACAACGCCAAGCUUCCGUGUUUCAAUGGCCGGGUGGUAUCUUGGCUGGUGUCUGCCGAGGGUUCACAUUCGGACGCCGGAUCAGUCUGUGCCGACAAUCAGCCAGAGCUCCCGCCUUCAAUUGAGCGCACCGGAGGCAUCGGGGACUCGAGGCCUCCUUCUUUUCACCCCAACACUGGAGGGAGCCGGGAAAACCUGGAUAAUGAGACGGAGACAGACUCGGUGGUGUCACUGCAGAGGGAGCGACCACGCCGAAAAGACGGGCCUGAGCACGCGCCCAGGGUGAACGGGACCACCAAGGGGGAGCGGCGACGGGAGCUCGGUGGCUAUGAGAGCUCUUCUACCCUCAUGAGCAGCGAACUGGAGACCACCAGCUUUUUUGACUCGGAUGAGGAUGAUUCCACCAGCAGGUUGAGCAGCUCGACGGAGCAGAGCAGCGCCUCCCGCCUGAUGCGACGGCACAAGCGGCGCCGGCGGAAGCAGAAGGCACCGCGGAUUGAGCGGUCUUCGUCCUUCAGCAGCAUAACGGAUUCCACCAUGUCGCUGAACAUCAUCACAGUCACCCUCAACAUGGAAAAGUACAACUUCUUGGGCAUCUCCAUCGUCGGCCAGAGCAACGAGCGGGGCGACGGUGGCAUCUACAUCGGCUCCAUCAUGAAGGGAGGAGCCGUGGCGGCGGACGGAAGGAUCGAACCGGGGGACAUGCUCCUACAGGUGAAUGACAUUAACUUUGAGAACAUGAGCAACGAUGACGCCGUGCGCGUGCUGAGGGAGAUCGUGCACAAGCCGGGGCCCAUCACCUUGACGGUUGCCAAGUGCUGGGAUCCCAGUCCCAGGGGUUGCUUCUCGUUACCUCGGAUUGCUCCCCAGAGGAUCUGGGCUGGGCCAGACUCUCCAUGCUCCGAUCCGGGCGAGCCCAUCCGGCCCAUCGACCCGGCGGCCUGGGUGUCCCACACGGCGGCGAUGACCGGCACCUACCCGGCGUACGGUAUGAGCCCAUCCAUGAGCACAAUCACUUCCACCAGCUCCUCCAUCACCAGCUCCAUCCCCGAAACCGAACGCCUCGAUGACUUUCACCUGUCCAUCCACAGCGACAUGGCCACCAUCGUCAAAGCCAUGGCCUCGCCGGAAUCCGGCCUGGAGGUGCGCGACCGCAUGUGGCUGAAGAUCACCAUCCCCAAUGCUUUCAUCGGCUCCGACGUGGUUGACUGGCUUUACCAUCACGUGGAAGGCUUCACGGACCGGCGGGAGUCCCGCAAGUACGCCAGCAACCUGCUGAAAGCCGGCUACAUCCGGCACACGGUCAACAAGAUCACUUUCUCGGAGCAGUGCUACUACAUCUUUGGCGACCUCUGUGGCAACAUGGCCAACCUGUCUUUGCACGACCACGACGGAUCCAGCGGCGCCUCGGACCAGGACACGUUGGCCCCGCUGCCCCACCCGGGAGCCGCCCCGUGGCCCAUGGCCUUUCCGUAUCAGUACCCGCCACCUCACCCGUACAACCCGCACCCAGGAUUUCCUGAUCCCGGCUACACCUACGGCGGCGGAAGUGCGGGCAGCCAGCACAGUGAAGGAAGCCGGAGCAGUGGCUCGAACCGCAGCGGCAGCGAGAGACGCAAGGAGCGAGAGGCCAAAGCCGGCGAAUCCAAAUCCGGGGGCAGUGGCAACGAGUCGGACCACACGAGCCGCAGCAGCAUGCGGCGGGAGCGGGCUGCCAGCGAGCGCUCGGUACCGGCCAGCCAGCGCAGCCACCACUCUCUCGCCCACAGCCUCCGCAGCCACCACAGCCAGCAGUCCUACGGGCCCCCCGGCCUCCCGCCUCUCUACAGCCCUCCUGUGCUCCUGAUGCCUCCACCGCCUUCUGCCAUGGGGCCCCCCGGGGCCCCCCCUGGCCGAGACCUGGCCUCGGUGCCCCCCGAACUGACCGCCAGUAGACAGUCAUUCCGAAUGGCCAUGGGCAACCCCACCAAGAAUUACGGGGUGUUUGACUUCCUCUGAGCCGGCCGCCCAUGGUGGGGAGAGCCGCGGCGUGCUCUGGCGGCGGCUUGGCUCCCCCCC